AUGAUGCUUGAGUUUGACAUGACUGAUCUUGGGAAGAUGAGCAAUCCGGUUCUUAAUCCCAUUGUCCUAGGUUGCAAACUUUUGAGAGAUGAAGAUGGAGUAAAAGUAGACAGCACCAUCUACAAACAAAUUAUGGGAAGCCUCAUGUAUUUAACUACUAUUAGACCAGACAUGAAGUUUGUGGUAAGUCUUAUUAGCAGGUAUAUGAGUAAUCCUACUGAGCUUCACAUGGAGGCAGCAAAGAGAAUUUUAAGAUAUCUAAGAGGAACAACUGAUUUUGGGGUGUUCUACAAGAAGGGAGGAAAAGGAGAGUUGAAUGUUUACACAGAUAGUGACUAUGCUGGAGACCAAGAAGACAGGAAGAGCACCUCAGGUUACGUUUUCUUAUUCAGUUCAGGAGUUGUGUCCUGGUCAUCAAAGAAACAGCCGAUAGUAACUCUAUCUACCACUGAGGCAGAGUUCAUUACUGCUGCCUCUUGUGCAUGUCAGGUAGUAUGGUUGAGAAGGAUUUUUGAGAUGCUUGGUGAGAAGCAAGAUAGGCCUACAAUUGUUCACUGUGAUAGCAGCUCAGCAAUCAAACUUGCAAAGAAUCCAGUGAUGCAUGAACGCAGCAAGCAUAUUGACGUUCGUUUCCAUUUUCUUCAUGAUCUUAUAAAGGCAGGAACUGUGGAAAUGGUGCAUUGCAACAGUCAAGAACAAAUUGCAGAUGUGAUGACAAAACCUCUCAAGUUGGAUACAUUUGUGAAGCUGUGA